AUGGGUUCCAGAAGAAAACAUAAUGUGUUAAAUAUUGAAACAAAAAUCGAAAUAAUAGAAAAACUCGAUAAAGGAGAAAGUGGAUCUUCUUUGGCUCAAUUUUAUAAUGUAGGUAAGUCUACUAUUGGCGAUAUAAAACGUAAAAAAGAAACUAUUUUAUCAUAUGCAUCAAAGAUGGAUUCGUCUGAUGGCAUUAAAACUAGAAAAGUAAUGAAAUGUGCCGCAAAUGUUAAGUUGGAUGAAGCACUUUUUUUGUGGUAUGUACAAAAUAGAAAUUUAGGUAACCCCAUAUCGGGGCCUAUAUUGUGUGAACAAGCAUUAAUAUUUAAUAGCAAAAUGGGCAGUACAUCUGAUUUCAAAGCUAGUUCAGGCUGGUUAAAAAAUUUUAAAUCGCGACAUGGAAUAAAAGAACUUAAUAUUGAGAGGAAAAUGUUAUAUAAUUCUACAUCUGAAGAAAAAUUUAAAGAAUUAUUUUUGAACGUCAUAAAACAAGAAGGAUACACAAGAAAUGACAUUUACAACGCAGAUGAAACAAGUAUAAACUGGAAAGCAUUUCCGCGUAAAUCAUUAGCACCACGUCGUGAAUCGUCAGCCCCUGGUUAUAAAGUUGGUAAAGAUAAGAUUACUGCAAUAGUUUGCGCCAAUGCUAGUGGAGAUCACGCUUUACCAUUAUUAGUCAUUGGAAAGACUAUUAAACCACGGUGUUUCAAAAAUGUUCCUCAACUUCCAGUGAAAUAUAAGGCGCAAAAAAGUGCACGGAUUAACUCCGAUUUAUUUUAUGAGUGGUAUUCUGGUGAAUUUAUACCUAGAGUUAAACGAGAACGUGAAUGUAAAGGAAGAAAAGGAAAAGUUUUGCUUUUAUUAGAUAAUGCACCAUCUCAUUUUUCUGUUGAAAAAUUGAAUAGGGUAAACUCAGAUUUUAAUGUUAUGUUUUUUCCUGUAAGUACUACUGCUAUAAUUCAACCUAUGGAUCAAGGCGUAAUUGAAAAGCUUAAACGAAUUUAUAGAAAACAAAUAUUACGACAUUUACUGUUAGCGGAUAGCGUAAAAAAUGUCGCAAGUUUUUAUAAUAAUUUUAAUUUAAAAGAUGCAUGUUAUAUGUUAGCUGAAUCUUGGCAAUCAAUUACAACACAAAAUAUAAAAAAUGCCUGGAAUAAAUUAUGGCCAAUUGCAGAAGUAAUUCAUGAAGAACAAAAGAUACAAGAAAUUUCAGAAAUCACAAAUUUACUGAAAUCUAUUCCUGGAUUCGAAGGAAAUAACGAAGUCGAUGUGAACGAUUGGCUAGAAAAUGAUGCGAAUAAUUUGGGAUUCGAGAUUUUAAACGACGACGAAAUUGUUGAUUCUGUAAAAAGAACAGAACUGUCUUUUGGAAUUGAAAAUGAUACAAAUGAAUAUGAAGACGUGGAAAAUUAUAGCGGUCCUAUGCCUGGUGAAGCAUUUACAGCAUUAGAGACGGCAAUGCAAUGGUAUGAACAACAACCAGAAAGUAAUUCAACCGAACUUUUAUUAUUAAAAAGAAUAAAGGAUUUAGCAGCGAAAAAGAGAAACUGGCAGGCUGCUGCUAUAGAGUUGCAAAUUUUAAUUUCUUAA